AUGCAGCUGGAUAUUGAUAGCUUUUGGAUAACGCCUCCUAUCCAGAGCUAUGAAGAUCUCGCUGACCUUCUCAUCUCUUCAAAGCUGGGAUAUUUUCGGAAACCCAGUUUCCUAAACAUUUCUGCUUCCAUUCGCACCAAAGUGGUUGCAUUGACGAAGAUACCUGAUCCGGAAGUUGAACAGUACUUGUGGCAAGUACGUUCAGUUCUAGAGGAACUGAAGAAGGAAACAGAUUUAGUCAGUGGACAAUGGUGUCCAACUCCUGCAGAAGACUUAAUUGCUGAUCGACGGGUAGAGCAAUGA